AGAUGGCAAAACCCCAACCGAUACUCGCUGUUUCCAAUGUAGAAUGCUGCUCAAGUGGAAACUUGUAAGAUACUAAUAUUAAAGAGCAUUUGAUUUUCAUGAACAAGACGAUUUUCUUGUUCUUUUUAAAAAAGUACAAAAUGUAUGAAGUUCUCCGGAUUGCAGUCUCCCAACUGUCCAGGUAUUGUAAAGAAGGAAGAUUCUCCAUGAGAUUUGACAAGCUUAUCUACUGGAAUGAUGUAUCGUUGCUUCAUUUUAAUGAGGAACAAGUUGGAGGCGCUAAUGAUCAAGAUGGAGGUGCGAAUGAACAGGAUCAUAAUCAGCAUGUAGGCGCUAAUAAGCAAAAUGUUGAUCCAGAUGGAGACGCUAAUGAGCAAAAUGCUGAUCGAGAAGGAGACGCUAAUGAGCAAAAUGCUGAUCAAGAUGGAGACGCUAAUGAGCAAAAUGCUGAUCAAGAUGGAGACGCUAAUGAUCAGAUUAUAAAUUAUACACCCGGUGUUAUUACUUUCCCUGCACUUGUGGAUAGCGCUUCAUAGUUGAAAUUUAUUUAGUGCCAAAAGUUGUUCUUUACAAACUUGUAAGUCGUUAACUUCAUGUAAAUCAGAUUUAGCUAUUUGGAGGCAUAACAGAUUAUUUAGUACUUCUUCAUGAUAACUUGAACAAAAAGAAUUAUAUGGUGCAGGACAUCGUGCAGAAAUUCGGUGUGCCUAGCUUGUCUGCUAUAAACUCAAGGUUGAUAUCGAUUUGAGACCCAAUAAAGGGCGAAACCGCUGUUCAGAUUUAAGCUGCUUGGUUUCCUUCCUUCAUUUCAGACAAUGAUCUUGGAAGACAGGAGAUAUAUUGCCCUAUGACAUCUUAUUUUUUCUGGCUCUAGCAUCUGAAGGCUACUGACAAAGCUAUGUCCACAAAUUUUAAACUUCAAGAACAAGCAGCAUGUGUUGUUUCUGUUGUUUUCUCCAAAUAAUAGCCUUUUGAUGAGUUUCAGCUUGGUAGACUGAUAAUAUAUUGUGCGUCAAUGGAACUGCUUAAUAGAGGAGAAAACAAGCUUAUCCUUGAAUAUAUUACAGGUUAUUAUUCCUCUUCAUUCUCAAACAGGUUGUACGCACGCCAAUGAUCUGCUUGAAUGGUUAAAAUUGAAGAGUUCAUGUUGGAUAUUUUUUGUUGAAAAAAAGAGUGUAGGUUGCAAUAAUUUUCUGUUCUAUCCUAUUGUUAGCUGAAUUCAAAGGCAGAAGUAUAUGAAGAUCGUGCUAGGUUUUCCACCACACCAGUAAGAUUUCCUAGCUCUGAAGGGAUGUUUCGUCUGAGAUUGUUCCCGAAAAGUCAAGAAUUUGGAGAUUAUAAAUUUGCAAAAGCUUUAGGUUGCUCAUCUAGUGGCAUACCCAAUCCUUUCUUCUUCAGUUGAGAUAAUUUUACUCCCCCAUUUUUGUCAUGAGUUACCAGUUAUAAUGAUAAUUCAGCAAAGUGGUUGGCAUAA